GCGCAUGCCCAUUGCGCAUUGGAAGCCAUGUUGAAGUUUUGGUGGAGGCUUGCUGUUAUUUUCUGACGCUGUGUUUUUUUUUCGAUUUGUAGUAUUGGUGUCGUUCAACCAUACCAUUCGGGAACCAUAAAUCGGAGUUCUAAAGAUGAAUUCCAGCGUCGACCUAUCCAGGCGCAAUCCGCAGGAGGAUUUCGAGCUAAUUCAGCGGAUAGGAAGUGGCACAUACGGAGAUGUCUACAAGGCCCGUAAUGUCAACACCGGGGAACUGGCUGCCAUUAAAGUUAUUAAGCUGGAACCUGGUGAGGACUUUGAGGUGGUGCAGCAGGAGAUCAUUGUGAUGAAGGACUGCAAACACUCCAACAUCGUGGCCUACUUCGGCAGCUAUCUCCGGAGAGAUAAAUUAUGGAUCAGCAUGGAGUACUGCGGAGGAGGAUCUCUGCAGGAUAUUUAUCACGUGACUGGGCCUCUGUCCGAGUCUCAGAUUGCGUAUAUGUCACGGGAAACCCUUCAGGGUUUGUACUAUCUCCACAACAAAGGCAAAAUGCACAGAGACAUUAAGGGAGCAAAUAUUCUAUUGACAGACAACGGCUAUGUGAAAUUAGCUGACUUUGGUGUAUCAGCACAGAUCACUGCCACGCUGGCUAAGAGGAAGUCCUUCAUUGGAACUCCAUACUGGAUGGCUCCAGAGGUGGCAGCAGUGGAGAGGAAGGGAGGCUACAACCAGCUGUGUGAUAUCUGGGCCGUGGGCAUCACUGCCAUUGAGCUGGCAGAGCUGCAGCCUCCUAUGUUUGACCUGCACCCCAUGAGGGCCCUUUUCUUGAUGACAAAGAGUAAUUUCCAGCCGCCCAAAUUGAAAGACAAAGUGAAGUGGGGAAAUAAUUUCCAUCAUUUUGUCAAAUUGUCCCUGACGAAAAAUCCCAAGAAGAGGCCAACAGCAGAGAAACUGUUACAGCACCCAUUUGUGUCACAGCCUCUCAGUCGAACCCUGGCCAUCGAGCUGCUGGACAAAGCCAACAACCCAGACCACACCACAUACAAUGACUUUGAUGAUGACGACCCUGAACCAGAGUCUCCAGUGUCUGUUCCCCAUCGGAUUCGCUCCACCAGCAGGAGCACCAGGGAAGGGAAGACGCUGUCUGAGAUCACCUUUGGCCAGGUGAAGUUUGACCCCCCGUUGAGGAAGGAGACAGAGCCCCAUCAUGAGCUGCCCGACUCUGACCCUUUUUUGGACUGUGCAGAAGAGCUGUACUACACGGCGAGAUCUAAUCUGGAUCUUCAACGGGACUAUGGACAUGAAUCUCCAAGCCUGGUGGGAGGGAACAAGAGUCUUCUCAAAUUAGUGGAGGAGGAGAUUAAGCAGAGCAAACACAGUACCAUAAUGAGGCCGAAAGUCCCACCCCCACUUCCCCCCAAGCCCAAAUCUAUCUGUCCGCCCCAGGAGAGCCCAUCCCAGGGAGAGGAUGAUGUAGGCGGAGGGGGGACCAUCAAGCGCUGCCCCGUACCCGAGAGCCCCGCACGACCUGCCUCAAAUGUACCCCCCCGCCCUCCACCCCCACGCCUGCCCCCCCUCAGACGCAGUAGCCUAGGUAACGAGAGUACACAGAGCCAGGCUGGCUCAGAGCCCGAGGGGAAUGAUGCUGGGAGCUUUAGGCAUUUCUGGGAGUGGCUUCAUGCCCCACAUACGGAAGAGGAGUUGGAAGAUGUGUUGGAGGAGGAAGAAGAGAGUAAUGGAUUGAGCUCUCACCAGAAUGGAGAAAAGGACAGUGCUGCAGAGAGGCAGUCCACCAUGCCCCCUAGUGUCCCCAUACGGAAAGACAAGAAGGACAUUCCAAAGCCAAUCAGUAAUGGUCUCCCACCCACACCCAAGGUCCAUAUGGGGGCCUGUUUCUCCAAGGUGUUCAACGGCUGCCCGUUGAAAAUCCACUGUGCCACGUCCUGGAUCAACCCAGACACCAGAGACCAAUAUUUGAUAUUUGGUGCUGAGGAGGGGAUCUACACUUUAAACCUGAAUGAACUGCACGAGACGUCAAUGGAGCAGCUCUUUCCCCGGCGUUGCACUUGGCUUUAUGUUAUGAACAACUGCUUGCUCUCUAUAUCCGGAAAAGCCUCCCAGCUCUACUCUCAUAACGUAGCUGGUCUAUUUGAGCAUGCCCGGCAAAUGCAGAAGUUACCCAUGGCCAUUCCCACACACAAACUCCCAGACAAAAUGAUUCCAAGGAAGUUUGCCGUAUCUAAUAAGAUUCCAGAUACAAAAGGUUGCCAAAAGUGCUGUGUGGUGAGGAACCCAUACAGCGGUCACAAGUACCUGUGUGGAGCGUUCCAGUCCAGUGUGGUUCUGCUGGAGUGGGUGGAGCCCAUGCAGAAGUUCAUGCUCAUCAAGAACAUCGACUUCCCCCUGCCCUGUCCUCUGGAGGUGUUUGAGAUGCUGGUGGUACCAGAGCAGCAGUACCCUCUCAUCUGUGUGGCCGUCAGCAAGGGCACCGAGCUCAGCCAAGUGGUCCGCUUCGGAACGGUCAACCCCAACUCAACAUCGUCCUGGUUCACAGAGGCCGAUACGCCCCAGACGUGUGUCAUCCACGUCACCCAGUUGGAGAGGGACACCAUAUUAGUUUGUCUCGACAGGUGUAUAAAGAUAGUGAACCUACAGGGACGGUUGAAGUCAAGCAGGAAGUUAUCUGCUGAGCUGACGUUUAACUUCCAGAUCGAGGCGAUAGUGUGUCUCCAAGAUAGCGUUCUGGCGUUUUGGAGGCAUGGUAUGCAAGGGCGGAGUUUCAAGACCAAUGAGAUCACCCAGGAGAUCUCUGAUAACACACGGAUCUUCAGACUGCUGGGAUCUGACAGAAACUCUCAGCACGACAGUUCAGGGCAGGAGGGAGCCGCCAGUCUGCCCAGAGUGGUGGUGCUGGAAAGCAGGCCGACAGACAACCCCACAGCACCCAGCAACCUCUACAUCCUGGCUGGACACGAGAACAGCUACUGAUCAAACCGCACAGCAUCCUGGGAACACAAGUAACUAGAGACAGACAGACAGAGACACUAGAGACAGACAGACAGAGACACUAGAGACAGACAGACAGAGACACUAGAGACAGACAGACAGAGACACUAGAGACAGACAGACAGAGACACUAGAGACAGACAGACAGAGACACUAGAGACAGACAGACAGAGACACUAGAGACAGACAGACAGAGACACUAGAGACAGACAGACAGAGACACUAGAGACAGACAGACAGAGACACUAGAGACAGACAGACAGAGACACUAGAGACAGACAGACAGAGACACUAGAGACAGACAGACAGAGACACUAGAGACAGACAGACAGAGACACUAGAGACAGACAGACACAGACACUAGAGACAGACAGACACUAGAGACAGACAGACACAGACACUAGAGACAGACAGACACAGACACUAGAGACAGACACAGACAGACACUAGAGACAGACACAGACAGACACAGACAGACACUAGAGACAGACACAGACAGACACUAGAUACAGACAGACAGACACUAGAUACAGACAGACAGACACUAGAUACAGACAGACAGACACUAGAUACAGACAGACACUAGAGACAGACAGACAGACAGACAGACAGACACUAGAGACAGACAGACAGACAGACAGACAGACACUAGAGACAGACAGACAGACAGACAGACACUAGAGACAGACAGACAGACACUAGAGAGAGACACAGACACUAGAGAGAGAGAGAGACAGACAUGCGCUAGAGAGAGACAGACAGACAGACGCUAGAGAGAGAGAGAGAGACAGACAGACGCUAGAGAGAGACAGACAGACGCUAGAGAGAGACAGACAGACACUACAGACAGACAGACAGACGCGCGCUAGAGACAGACAGACAGACGCGCGCUAGAGACAGACAGACAGACGCGCGCUAGAGACAGACAGACAGACGCGCGCUAGAGACAGACAGACAGACGCGCGCUAGAGACAGACAGACAGACGCGCGCUAGAGACAGACAGACAGACGCGCGCUAGAGACAGACAGACAGACGCGCGCUAGAGACAGACAGACAGACGCGCGCUAGAGACAGACAGACAGACGCGCGCUAGGGACAGACAGACGCGCGCUAGAGACAGACAGACAGACGCGCGCUAGGGACAGACAGACGCGCGCUAGAGACAGACAGACAGACAGACGCGCGCUAGAGACAGACAGACAGACAGACGCGCGCUAGAGACAGACAGACAGACGCGCGCUAGAGACAGACAGACAGACGCGCGCUAGAGACAGACAGACAGACGCGCGCUAGAGACAGACAGACAGACGCGCGCUAGGGACAGACAGACAGACGCGCGCUAGGGACAGACAGACAGACAGACGCGCGCUAGGGACAGACAGACAGACAGACGCGCGCUAGGGACAGACAGACAGACAGACGCGCGCUAGGGACAGACAGACAGACGCGCGCUAGAGACAGACAGACAGACAGACGCGCGCUAGAGACAGACAGACAGACAGACAGACGCGCGCUAGGGACAGACAGACAGACAGACAGACGCGCGCUAGGGACAGACAGACAGACGCGCGCUAGGGACAGACAGACAGACGCGCGCUAGGGACAGACAGACAGACGCGCGCUAGGGACAGACAGACAGACGCGCGCUAGAGACAGACAAACAGACGCGCGCUAGAGACAGACAGACGUGCGCUAGGGACAGACAGACAGGCGCGCACUUGGGACAGACAGACAGACAGACAGACGCUAGGGAAAGACGCACGCUAGAGACAGACACACGCUAUACGAUAGACAGACAGACACACUAUAGACAGACACCCUAUAGACACACACUAUACUAUAGACAGACAGACACACUAUAGACACACACUAUACUAUAGACAGACACACUAUACUAUAGACAGACACCCUAUAGACACACACUAUACUAUAGACAGACAUACUAUACUAUAGACACAGACAGACACACUAUACUAUAGACAGACACACUAUACUAUAGACAGACACACUAUACUAUAGACAGACACACUAUACUAUAGACACACACUAUACUAUAGACACAAACAGACACACUAUAGACACACACUAUACUAUAGACACAGACAGACACACUAUAGACACACACUAUACUAUAGACAGAUACACUAUACUAUAGACAUACAGACACACACACACUAUCGACAGACACACACACUAUACUAUAGACAUACAGACAGACACACUAUAGACAGACAUACAGACCCACUAUGGACAGACAGACAGACACCCUAUAGACAGACAUACAGACCCACUAUGGACAGACAGACAGACACACUAUAGACAGACAGACACACUAUAGACAGACAGACACACUAUAGACAGACAGACACACUAUAGACAGACAGACACACUAUAGACAGACAGACACAGACAGACACACUAUAGACAUACAGACUAUAGACACACACACAGACACACACCAUAGAAAUGCAGACUAUAGACAGACUAUAGACACACAGACAGACACACACUAUAGACACAGACAGACUAUAGAUGGAUAGACAGACAGACACACUAUAGACAGACAGACACACUAUAGACAGACAGACACACUAUAGACAGACAGACACACUAUAGACAGACAGACACACUAUAGACAGACAGACACACUAUAGACAGACAGACACACUAUAGACAGACAGACACACUAUAGACAUACAGACACACUAUAGACAUACAGACACACUAUAGACAUACAGACACACUAUAGACAGACAGACACACUAUAGACAGACAGACACACUAUAGACAGACAGACACACUAUAGACAGACAGACACACUAUAGACAGACAGACACAGACAGACACACUAUAGACAUACAGACUAUAGACACACACACAGACACACACUAUAGACACAGACAGACAGACUAUAGACGGAUAGACAGACAGACACACUAUAGACAGACACACUAUAGACAGACAGACACACUAUAGACAGACAGACACACUAUAGAGAGACAGACACACUAUAGACAUACAGACACACUAUAGACAUACAGACACACUAUAGACAGACAGACACACUAUAGACAGACAGACACACUAUAGACAGACAGACACACUAUAGACAGACAGACACACUAUAGACAGACAGACACACUAUAGACAUACAGACACACUAUAGACAUACAGACACACUAUAGACAUACAGACACACUAUAGACAGACAGACACACUAUAGACAGACAGACACACUAUAGACAGACAGACACACUAUAGACAUACAGACACACUAUAGACAGACAAACACACCAUAGACAUACAGACUAUAGACACAGACAGACAUACUAUAGACAGACAGACAGAUAGACAGGCACACUAUAGACAGACAGACCCACUAUACUAUAGACAGACACACUAUAGACAGACACACUAUACUUUAGACAGACAGACACACUAUAGACAGACACACUAUAGACAUACAGACUACAGACAGACACACACUAUAGACACAGACAGACACACUAUAGACAGACACACUAUAGACAGACACACUAUAGACAGACACACUAUAGACAGACACACUAUAGACAGACAGACAGACACACUAUAGACAGACACACUAUAGACACUAUAGACAGACACACUAUAGACACAGACAGACAGACAGAGAGACAGACAGAGAGACACACUAUAGACAGACACACUAUAGACAGACACACUAUAGACAGACACACUAUAGACAGACACACUAUAGACAGACACACUAUAGACAGACACACUAUAGACAGACACACUAUAGACAGACACACUAUAGACAGACACACUAUACUAUAGACAGCCACACUAUACUAUAGACAGACACACUAUAGACAAACACACUAUACUUUAGACAGACAGACAGACACACUAUAGACAUACAGACUACAGACAGACACACACUAUAGACACAGACAGACACACUAUAGACAGACACACUAUAGACAGACACACUAUAGACAGACACACUAUAGACAGACACACUAUAGACAGACACACUAUAGACAGACACACUAUAGACAGACACACUAUAGACAGACACACUAUAGACAGACAGACACACUAUAGACAGACACACUAUAGACAGACAGACACACUAUAGACAGACACACUAUAGACAGACACACUAUAGACCGACAGACAGACAGACACACUAUAGACAGGCACACUAUUGACACUAUAGACAGACAGACUAUAGACAGACAGACAGACACUACUGCUUUAGCUUCACAGAAGACAGAUCCUUCAAGGGUCCGCUUCCAACUUGCCUUUUACUUCCUUUAACACCUUUUAUUUAUUGUGGCAGGUAACAAACACCUGGAUGACUUCUAUAUGAUUUCAACCACUGCUAGCAUCUCAGCUCACACCACACAAGUGCUUAAUUGACCUGUAUUUAAUUGUUGUAAAUAUAAAUGUAGUAUUUUUUUGCAGAAAGGUACCCUGGCUACUCUGGGGUUGUACACUAAAGACUGGUCAUGUAGAUACGUGUGCAUAGGUAUUCUGUACAGUUAUGGAGAAUAUAAAGAUUUUAAGGGGUGGUGAGUGGUGCAGGGGGGGGGGGGGUGACAGUUUGAGCACUAAAAAGGACUUCCUGUUUUUUGAUCAUGUGAUCAGGGACAGGAUUUGAAGCCCCCUCUCUGAGGUUUGACUAAGUCUGAGCAACAAGGAAGUACCACUAUACUGGUAAUGUCAUUCUGCACGCAUCGUCAGCCCAAAUGUGGGAACUUCCUUUCUGGUUUGCUUUGAGAAAUGUGUAAUGGGAGAUCUACAGUUUCAUUCUUAGCUUCCACUUUGAACUCUAUGAGGUGAAAAUAAAUUUCAAACUGUUUUAAUUGCAGGCUUACUUCCCAGCUUAGUUGUAUGCUUUUUUAAUACUGUGGAAUCACUGGUGUUAAAAUUUGCACAAAAAUAUAUUUAAAAAAAGAAAUGUGACGUAUGUAACUGUAUGUGUGUGUGUAAACUUAAACAUGCAUAUGAUCUCACAAGCUGUGACACAGGGGUUACAUUAGAUAAGUCAAGUUAUUUUAGAACACUCACUGAACUUUUUUGAAAUACUUUGAGAUAGUGGAGGGUGAAAUGUCAAAGGUGAAAUACCAAAACAGGCUCCAGCAAUGCUGUUGUUUUAAUCACCACAGUUUCAUCAUGUUGUAAUUCUCAAUGUCAAUAUCGAUCAGAUACACUAUAGUCAAAUGGCCAGAACUAAACAUUCCUUACUGUAGGGCUCAGUGAAGAUGUUAAAAAAAUAUGAAUGUUACAUGUUUUUAUGUAAUGCCAAAACGUGUUCUCAAUUUAUGGCCAAAAUUUGUUGGGUGUCUCUACCUCGUGUUAGAACAAAAGGAAACGAGUUGUGUAGAAGGAAAAAAGUCAAAACACUACAAAAUUCAUGUUGGUUUUAAUUUACACAGUAAACAUGUGUAAUGAUUAUGGACAAACUAGUUCUUCCUUUAUGCUGCAUUACCAUUUUCAUAUUGCAAUGCACAUUAUUACAUGUAUAUACUGUAAAAUAAAAUUGGUUGGUUUUA